AUGAAGUACUUUGUCGUUCUUGCUCUUGCGGCCGCUGGCCUUGCUGCUCCGGUUGCGAAGCCGGCUCCCCUGUCAGCCUCCGUGGCCGCUGAGAAGCGGCAAUUCGGUGGUUACGCUGUGCCUCCCGGCGCCGAAGGCGAGACAGCCGAGAAGAGGCAGUUCAGUUACGCUGUACCUCCUGGUGCCGAGGGCGAGACAGCCGAAAAGCGAGGAUCAUUCGGUACCUACAUGGUGCCUCCUGGAGCCGAAGGCGAGACAGCCGAGAAGCGGCAAUUCAGUUACGCUGUGCCGCCUGGCGCUGAGGGCGAGACAGCCGAGAAGAGGCAAUUCAGUUACGCUGUACCUCCCGGUGCCGAGGGCGAGACGGCCGAGAAGCGGCAAUUCAGUUACGCUGUACCUCCUGGUGCUGAGGGUGAAACUGCAGAGAAGAGGCAGUUCAGCGUGCCUCCAGGUGCUGAGGGCGAGACGGCUGAGUAG